UGUGAUGAAAAAUUUGGUUAUAAAUUAUUUAAACCCAUUUUGAAGUGAAAAGGAUAUCAAUAAUGUCUGCUGCUGUGGAGCCAAUAACUUCGGCAAUCGGCACUGGUUCUGGAAGCCAAAACUUUGGCCAAGAUUCUGGAUCUAACGACGUUAGUGGUGGAAUGUCGACUGUCAGUCCACGCGCGGCCAACCCUUGCGCCCCAGGAGUCCACUAUCCUUGUUCUUAUCAUUAUGCUGGCGGCCCCGUGAACGUGGGCCCUGGCGCUGGAGGACGGAAUAUGGGCUCUGCUUCUGGAAGUUGCAACACUUUUAAUGGGCAAGCCACUAUUUUAUCUGGACAGAGACCUCCUCAUUCUCAUUGUUAAGGGUUGUUCACGCGCCUGCCAAAUUAUAGCAGCAGAUACACUGAUGGAAUAAUAAAAUAAGUUAUGUUGC